AUGUAUCUUGAAAUCCCAUCUUCCAUACUGUUUGUUUCCCUAGCCCUCUUCAGCCCAACAUGGGCUCGCUACAGCAAGGCACCCAUACCGCCGGAUGAAACCGUCGAGCAUGCCAAACUGCUGCUCGCAUCAGAUGGGUCCAGUGCCUGUGAAGUGACUGCAAGUUUGGCGCCCGUUGCACGCCAGUGCGCGAAACUCGCUCUCGACUCCAGCAUCCCCACCUUCUUCGCUCCAGACGAGAGCCGCGAGCUGUACGCCCAGCAGCAGGGGGAGCUGGUGUCGGCGUGCCGCGUGGAGCCCGGAGGCGCCGCAGAUGUCUCGCACAUCCUGCAGGCUGUGAAGGAGGCCGAGUGUCACUUUGCGGUGCGGUCGGGCGGCCAUUCCGUCUGGACCGGAGCGAGCAGUACGGAUGGAGGGAUUACGGUUUCGCUGAGUCGUAUCAAUCAUGUUGAGGUGUCUGAUGAUCGCAGGACGGUGAGGCUGGGCUCUGGUGGGUUGUGGGCUAGUGUGUACAAGACGCUUGAGGAUGAGGGGUUGUAUGUUGUUGGCGGGCGCUCGGCGACGGUUGGUGUUGGUGGGUUGUUGCUUGGUGGUGGCAUGAGCUACAUCUCGAAGAGAUAUGGGUUCGGGAUGGAUACGAUUAUUGCUUUCGAAAUGGUCUUGCCGGACGGAAGCAUCGCGAGAAUCGACGAGUCUACUCCAGAGCUCUACUGGGCAAUGAAGGGGGGCGGACUAUCCAAUUUCGGCAUUGUCACGUCUUUCGAGGUAGAGGCCAUCGAGCCUCUGAGCAAGGCGUUCUGGUUCUCCUUCUCCAGCCACGCCUGGGACCAGGUACCGGCGGUGGUGGAAGAAACUCACUCUCACUUGACGGAACAGGAGACAGUGGACCUCGAUGCCGUCUCUUUGCAGCUGUACAUAUACAACCAAGAGGCUGGCAUGCCCUUGACCGUCAUCAUGCAGAUCCAUGGCAACCACACCGACGCCGAUACCGUCCCCCCAGCCUUUCAGUCAACCACAAGGAUACCCACCUUGGCUCCCUCACAACCUCAGAUGAUGACCUACUACGAGACACUCAAGAUGGGCGAGGAGCUGGGGCCACCCAACGGUCUUCGCUCCCAGCACUCGGUGACGACGUUCCGGCCGUCCAAAGAGGCAGCAAUGGAGAUCGCAGUGAUUGUGCACGACAUGUUUGAAAAGGUCAAGCAUAUCGAAGGCCUCUACGUCAACGUCGCCAUUCAACCCAUUUACCGCAAUAUACUCAUGCUCAUGGCGAAGCGCGGUGGCAAUUCACUUGGUCUUGAGCCGGACGAGGGUCCGAUGCAUCUAUUAUCCAUUGCCGGCAUCUGGGAGCGUUCUGCGGAUGACGACUUCAUGUUGAGUACCGUUCAGUCAAGCAUGGAGGCGGUAGAAGCAGUGACGAAGAAGCAUGGCGUCUUCCAUCCUUAUAAAUAUGUCAACUAUGCCGGCCGCUUCCAGGCCGGUGAUGUAUGGAUGGGUUUUGGUAAAGAGAGGCUGAAGGAACUGAAGCGCCUGCAGCGAGAAUACGAUCCUGAGCAAAUCUUCGUGGAAGGCGGGUUGAAUGAUGGAUACUUUAAGCUCAAUAGAAGGGAGGUGGAAGCAAAGGACACACCGAAGGAUGAGCUGUAA